AUGCCGUCGCUGUGGUACUGCUGCGAAUGCAGCUUCGGCCCUCACAACUCGGCCCUCUACGACGCCUGCAUCCAGUGCGGCAACACACGCUGCACCCGCUGCCUCGAAGAGAAGAUCUCCCUGAAGAUGAACAUGAACAACACUCCCUGCUGCCACACAACCUCGCCCUAUCCGGCCAUCGCCGCCCUCGACCCUUCUCGCCCCGUCUCCCCAUCAUCAUCUCCCCGGCCACUUCUACCACUACCUUCCACGAUGGACCUCACAGCCCUGCCACACGUACGAUCAUCCUUGCUCCACGAAGACCAGACUAGAUUCUCGCCCGCCUCCGUAGGCCCGACCCAUCUCUACAGCCAGACGUACAUGUAUAUCUGCUGCAAAUGCAACGACGGGCCCAAGGUCUACAAUCAUCAGCCCCGAUGUGUAGUCUGCAGCCAUGAAGCCUGCGGCGGCUGCACCUAUGUCAAGUGA